AUGGGGCUCGAGGCACUUGAAGUGUCUCCCCCAACUUCAGACAACGCCGAUACACCCGCGAAACAUUGGAAGACCCAAGACCCGUACAUCUUCAAGCCAGCAGAGUGGUUCUUUAAAGAAAUUGCUGGUGGAAAGACGAAGCGGCCUCAUACGAUUUCAUGCGAAGAAGUAGACCAGCAAGCCAACGGCACGCCGCUCCCAGUUUCUAGCCAUGGAAGAAUCUUCCGUUUCAAUGACGAAUUGGGUUUCCUGUUGAUCCAAUUCAUGCGUCCACAGGUCUGGCGUAUUAGGUUCCAUAGCACAAAUACAACGCCUUCAGACUUUUCUGACUAUAACACAAGAACCAUCGUCCAGGACACACUUACAAAGACUAUCGAGAUUCUGGACCUUGCUGAGGGCUUAUCCUGGCAUGUCGAACUCGUGCAGCCGAAUAAUGAAUACUACGUUUUGCAAUCAGUCCUCGGCUCCGAAUCAGUAGAGGAUCCGUCCCGCAAGGUGAUUGUCCAGCUGUGGAUUGAACGGAAUCCUAUCAACAUCACCGCAGUCAGAGCAAUCAGAACUACGAGUGUUGUGACGCAGCUACCAACGUUGUCAUCAAUCUCAAAUGUCAACCCUGAGCAGGUGGAAAGAUUGAAAAUUAAGACACCUCCAGACUCACAAGUUGCUGUCAUCUGGCGAACCAAAAAUAAUCCACUACAAUGGCUAGAUAAUGCAACCGUUCUAGCAAUUGAAAAGCCGCUAAGCGCAAGAUAUGCGGGAUUUGGGGAGCAAGGCGGGCGCAGGUUGUUCAAAGACAACGAUGGGCCGUAUUCAGAUAGUGAGCCUUUGUAUCAUUCUGAGCCAUACUGGAUCGAAAUGAAUGCACAUCCUGGUACUCAAUCUCAGUUAGCCACAUUUGUGGAUAACUAUUCCGAUGUCAAGCUGGACCUUGGCCGGGUUGAUACUACGCAGCUCCGUAUUGCAACUAGAUUUAAUAGCUUUCAAAGCAUUUUCAUCGCUGGUGACGAUGUUGCACAAGUGAUUCGCUUGUACACGUCGCUCAUUGGCAGACCGCAGCUGUAUCCACGCUUCGUGCUGGGAAAUCAUCAAGGAUGUUAUGGCUAUGACACGCGAAAAAAGGUUGAGAAUACAGUCAAUCAGUAUAGGAAGUACCAAAUCCCGCUGGACGGCAUGCACAUUGAUGUCGACAUUCAGCGGUUAUACCGCACCUUCACUAUUAAUACAGAUGAAGGCCAUUUCCCACAACCGGAAGAAAUGUUCAGUCAGCUUCGGAAGCAGGGAGUCAAAUGCAGCACAAACAUCACGCCGGUCAUUAGUCUCCUUUCUGACCCCAAAAAUCCCUACCCAGUUCUUGAGGAGGGAUUGAAGAACAAAUACUUCGUCAUGGAUCGCCGUGAUGUCGAUCCGUCAGCGAGCUCCUAUGACAAGCAAAUAUCUCUCAACUUUGGAGCCGGAAACAGAUACUUCAAGGACCCCAACAACUUCCAUGACUUACCAAAGUACGAGACCAAAGGUGACUACCAGCUUGAGCAUCUUUUCAAUAAGGAUCCUCCAGUCCCAUUCCGAGGGGGCGUCGAUUACGGAGAUGGUAGGGGAGCUCCAGGCUACUAUCCUAACCUGAACAAUCAAGAAGUCAGGGAGUGGUGGGGCAGACAAUACACAUACCUUUUCCAGACAGGUCUUGAAUUUGUUUGGCAAGACAUGACAUCGCCGUGCAUGGGUGAAGCAUUCGGUGAUAUGAAAUCUUGGCCAUUCCGUCUACUCCUGGAUUCGGACGGCUGGAGCGGAGAUCCCAAGGCUGCUGAACAAAAAAAGGCGAUUGAGAUUUGGUCUCUCUACAGCUACAAUCUCCACAAAGCUACAUUUCACGGUUUGCAGGAGCUUGAAAGUCGCAAGGGUAAGCGUAACUUCAUCAUCGGCCGUGGCAGCUUUGCCGGUGCUCAACGCUUUGCGGGACUCUGGACCGGCGACAACGCUUCUACCUGGGAAUUUUUUGAUAUCUCUGUAACACAGGUGCUUGCACUCGGACUCGCUGGUGUGACUAUUGCCGGAGCGGAUGUUGGUGGGUUCGAGCCAGUACAUGAUGGGGAGUCUUGGGCCGACCCUGAGCUUGUGAUUCGAUGGUACUGCGCAUACAGCUUGCUACCAUGGUUUCGAAAUCAUUACAGUGGCAAGGAAGGCAAGAAACGCUUCCAAGAGCCUUAUGCCUAUGCUGAAUUGCAGAAUUCGCCCGACUGGAGGUUUGUGCCUGAAGAAGACCGCAAUACAUAUUACUCUGUCUUGCCAAUAUGCCGCUACGUAAUUCAGUUGAGGUACAGCCUGCUUCAGCUGCUCUAUGAUGCCAUGUUUGAAAACAUGAUCAACGGUUUGCCGAUUGCGCGUGCCAUGAUCAUUACCGAUCCAUUGGACUCGUCACUCUAUGAUGCAAACCAAUGGUAUACACGGAGUCAGUAUCUAGUCCGUAAUGACCUUCUUGUCGCUCCAACUCUUUAUAAGGAGUCUCAGCGAAAGACACGGAAAUUGUACCUGCCUGCUCCGGACUACUGGUAUCCCAUGAACCUGCGCCCAGGAACAAAGCUAUAUCUAGGAGGUAUUCUUGCUCAGCCUUUGGCCCCCAGGGUUAGUGGGGGUACAUAUGUCGACUUUGACUGUCACAUCUCGAGAGAUGUGAAGCAGCUACCUUAUAUUACACCCAUGUACAUCCGCGAGGGUGGCAUCAUACCGCAAAUGGCGGCGCGUGACUGGGUACCAGAUCGUACUCGGGACGACAGAGAUGCUACGCCAAAUCCACUAACGAUCAACGUUUACCCAGGCAAGGAUAACACCUACGACAUGUAUCUCGAUGACGGGGUAUCACGAGAGAGCGCCCCGUGUAAUGUCUACCUCUCUGCACUACCAAAUGAAGCUAAGGGAGAGGUCGUGACGAAGCUUGUCAACGCAUAUGGAGACCAUGAGGCAAAAAGCAUAUUCCGACACGUAAAAUUCAAGCAAACAACCACAAGUGAGUUUGGUAGUGACCAAAUGAGAGACAUACGGCGAAUAAGAGUUUCAACACCGUUCUCGCAGUAUGGAGAUGACCUGGUCGAGCGGGACAUUGGCCGCGAGUACCGCAUUGUGGUAUGGCAUGCCUCAAGGUGGCCAGCGCUGGAAAUGAACCUGGACGAAGUAAAAGUAAAGAUCGAGGGAAAUUUUGAGGUUCGCUGGGAAAUGGAUAAAGCGUUACAUGCAACGGUGGCAUGGGUUCCUGUGUCCGCUACUGCGGACGUGACGAUAGAAGUCAGCUGCCCAGCCUAA